GGAGAGAGAAGUUAUACAGAGAGGCGAAGGAGGAGGAGGAGAGAGAGAUCGAGCUGGUGAAGUCAGUGGCAAUCAUAAUGGCGCACUCGUGGCAUUCCAUGGCGGCUGUGGCGGUCUGCCUGGCGAUGGCGGUUCUUCUUCGGAACGAUGUCGCGCAUAUCGAUGCCCAAGACGUCCCGCCCGAAGUGAGCAUUGAUGGUGUCUCGUUCGAAGGCACCGGAUGCGACGGAAGUAACCCUGUGCUCCCAGGAGGCCUCGCCCCUGAUAAGAAGUCGGUCACUUUCAAUUUCACGGUGAUCUUAGGAGUCCGCCGCAAGAGCUACUGUUACAUAAAACUGCAGCUGAAGUCGACGGACGGCUGGAAAUUGGAGAGCGCAGAGACCAUAGGGCGGGGAUUCGCGGAUCUUGACGCGGGUGUCGAGGGCAGCCAUAGCCUGACGACGUCCAUUUCUGGACUUACCCUCGACCCGAACGAGAGCAAGAAGAUGACGGAGAUACUUGGCCCUUUCACGGGUAACUAUGAAGUGAACGAGAAGCUUUUUCGGCACAGUGAAGCGUGUACCGUGGAGAACGAAGUCAACAUCAAGUCUCUUCUGGAAGUCAGGGGAACUGAGGGAGCCAAGGGAAUCAUGAGCGUCGAGGUGAAGAUCAAGUGGGUCUGGGAGGCAUGUUAAGGGUGAGAGAGAGAGAGAGAGAGAGAGAGAGAGAGAGAGAGAGAGAGAGAGAGAGAGAGAGAGAGAGAGAGAGAUCCGGAUCAUGCCGGGAUUGCUUUGAAGAUUCAUCCGCGAAAGUCGAUACUGAUCAAGGUCGUCAGUGUCCAGCAGUGCGGAUCAGAUCUCGUGCGAAGGAGAUGGUGAGUGUUUCUUGUCGGGAUUGGGAUUGAGACUGUAACAAACUGUCAGAGAAUUA